GAGCAUCUAGUGAGUGGAGGAUUAUGCUGGUGGGAAAAACUGGAUCUGGAAUCAGCACAGCAGGAAAUAUAAUACUGGGAAAGGAAGCAUUUGAGCAUGAUUUAUCUGCCGAUUCGAUUACAAAAACGUCUGCCCAAGAAAGUGGCACCGUUCAUGGGAAGAGUGUCAUCGUCAUCGACACUCCAGGUGUCAAACACACUAAGAAAUGCAAGGAAGAUAUUGAUUGUGAGCUAGGAUUGUGCCUUUUUAAGUAUGCCCCCGGCCCACAUGCCUUUGUCCUUGUCCUAAAAUUACAUAAUGAAUCGAAAGAGGAGGUAGAGGCUGUGAACAGGAUUAAGGAUUUGUUUGGGCAGAAUUUCCUGAAGUACACAGCUGUCCUCUUCACCUGCGGUUAUCGGCUUAACAAAAACCAGACCAUUAAAGAGUAUAUAGAAAAUAAAAGUAAUACAUUUCUGAAGGAACUUGUUCUUGAGUGUGGAGGCCGAGUCCAUGUCAUUGAUAAGCGCUGGAGUGAAGAAAAUGAGAGAAAAGACAAGGAAAGAAGCAACAGCUUCCAGAUUGAACAACUCUUUGCGAGUAUAGAGACGAUAGUGAGAAACAAUGGAGGGCGUCCCUUUAAAAAUAAGCAACUUCAAGACGUUUCCUGGGAGAUUAAGAAAGAGGCCCAGCAAUUACUGCAAAUGAGGCAAAGUGAGGUUGAUUGGAAAGAGCUGCCAAAGGAAAAGUUAAAAGAGGAAGAACAACAGAUUUGGAAGAAAGCCUUAGAAAUGAAGGGGAAAAGUAAGAGUUGUACUGUAUUCUGA